GAGGAGUUCCCCCAGUGAGUGCCGAAGCCCUCAGCUCUGCAUUCCGGCGGAGCUCACAGGCACACACCGGCCGCCGCGCAGUCCUGGGCCGACAGACUUGUUGUUUAAACUCAAAGUAAAGGAGGAGGAAAAGUUACUCCGCACUUGUUUCCCACAGUUUUCCCUCUCUGAUGUGUUUGUAAUCCGGCGAAGUGGUGGAAUGGUUUACUUUUCGUCGCACUGCUUUCCAAACUGUGAAAGAAGGCAGUUUGUUUCUUUUUAAGGUACAAGCCUUCAUUUAUCCCAACGCUGUAACUACAGUUAGUACACCAUGGUGAUCAUGACAGAGACCAGCAGGGCUGCUCAGCCCAGCCCUGCCCAGGGGAGGCCCUUGCAGGUCGGCUUCUAUGAGAUCAUCCGCACGCUGGGGAAAGGAAACUUUGCAGUCGUAAAGCUGGCCAGACACAAAGUGACCAAAACGCAGGUGGCCAUAAAGAUAAUAGAUAAGACCAGGCUGAAUCCCUCCAACCUGGAGAAGAUUUACAGAGAAGUGCAGAUAAUGAAGCUGCUAAACCACCCGCAUAUCAUCAAACUCUACCAGGUCAUGGAGACCAAAGAUAUGCUAUACAUCGUGACAGAGUAUGCAAAGAACGGGGAGAUGUUUGACCACCUCACCUCAAAUGGCCGAAUGAGUGAAGAUGAGGCCCGAAAGAAGUUCUGGCAGAUUCUCACAGCGGUGGACUACUGCCAUAGACACCACAUCGUCCAUCGGGACCUAAAAACUGAGAACUUACUGCUGGAUGCCAACAUGAAUAUCAAACUGGCCGACUUUGGGUUUGGGAACUUCUACAAUGCAGGGGAGCCUUUGUCUACAUGGUGUGGCAGCCCGCCUUACGCUGCCCCUGAAGUGUUUGAGGGGAAAGAGUAUGAGGGGCCUCAGCUGGAUAUAUGGAGCCUUGGAGUGGUGCUUUACGUUCUCGUCUGCGGCUCUCUUCCAUUUGAUGGACCUAGCCUUCCUGCACUCAGACAGAGAGUCACAGAGGGACGAUUCAGAAUCCCCUUCUUCAUGUCUCAAGACUGUGAAAACCUGAUCCGUAAGAUGCUUGUGGUGGAUCCAGCCAAAAGGAUCUCUGUGGCCCAGAUCAAGCAACACCGCUGGAUGCUGGCAGAUCCAACAGCUGUGCACCAAACCCUCAACCAUUCCCUCACAGAGUACAACUCCAACCUGGGCGACUACAGCGAACCUGUCCUGGGCAUCAUGAACACAUUAGGCAUUGACCGCCAGAGGACUAUUGAGUCACUGCAAAGCAGCAGCUACAACCACUUCUCUGCUAUCUACUACCUGCUGCUGGAGAGAGUACGAGAGCAUCGAACCCAGCAGCUGAAUCGUCAGUGUGGGACCUGGAGCCAAAGACCAAGGAGCACCUCUGACUCCACUGGUCCAGAGGUGAUUAUGGAGUCCGCUGACAGUUUUAGACCUACAGCUUUUUCAAUUCCACCCAAAAACACUCCUCCUGUGUACUCAGAGGUGGAGUGCGACCAAGGCGGAUUAUUCCAGCGUGUGGUGUUCCCAGUGGAGGCAAGCCUGAACAGACUGCUCUGGAACCGUUCCAUUUCACCCAACAGCCUGCUGGAGACAAGCAUCAGCGAGGAGGUGAAGCCCAGAGACCUGGAGGAGGAGGAGGCCACACAAACUCUCGGUCCAUUGUGUCCACCAACCACCACUUCCCGCAGACACACUCUGGCUGAGGUCUCCGCUCGUUUUCACCAAUGCAACCCUCCAUGUAUUGUGGUCAGUCCGUCAGAUGGAGCCUCAUCUGACAGCUGUCUGAAAUCCUCAUCCAGUCCUGCCCCUACUUUGCAAGCUGCUAUGGGUGGAAUGUCAACACUUCUGGCCUCUGGGGCCGAAGGUGGAGCUUUGCUGCCUGCUGGAGCUCCCUUGGCUCUCUCCUCCCACCUCCAACCGCAGGCACAGGGCAGCCUGCCCUCUGCCAGCUUUCAGGAGGGUCGCAGAGCCUCCGACACGUCCCUUACACAAGGCCUCAAAGCUUUCCGCCAACAGCUGAGGAAAAACACACGCACGAAAGGGCUUCUAGGAUUAAAUAAGAUCAAGGGUCUGACCAGGCAGGUUGUUCCUCCCCCUUCCUGUAACCGCGGCAGCCGAGGGUCAAUCGGUCCUGCGCUCUCUGAGCACCGCAGCAUGCUGGAGGAGGUGCUGCACCAGCAAAGGAUGCUGCAGAUUCAGCACCAGCCUCAGCCUCAGGUCCAGGCCACUCAGACAGGACCCACCCAAAAUCCUCUGCUCUUCCUGGCACAGCAGCAGUCACCCUCUCCUCCACCUACUUCCAUAUUUGCUUCCUCCUCCAUGUUUGACACCUCCACCCAAUCCGCCUUGCCUCCUCAGCAAACUUCAGCGAGUCUGCAGUGCAGCCCCUGGCAUCAGUCCCUCGACACUUCCUACUCCAGCUGUUCUUCAUUGUCUUCAUCCUGCUACUCCUCCUCUCUGUCCCCCGUGGCCUCUGCUGCCUACCUUCUUGAGGCACGUUUGCACAUCAGCCAGCAAUCCCAUCCUCACCCUUACACCGGCCUCCAACAGCGGCAGCCUCAGUCUGCAACACAAGGCUCCCACUCCAUCCUGUCUAAAACAGCUGUGUGGAGCAGAGGCUCAGUCCCCGGCACAGAUUCAAGCAUGCAGGAACUGGGCCUGGCUGGACAGCAGCAGCUCAGUAGCUGUGUGAUGGUGAAGUAAAACAGCCAUCAUGACUGUCGGCUUGAUAUUAAGCUCAGAAGAAAAGAGCACAAGUGGGGAAAAAGAACAAAAUGCUGAUGCAAGCAACAAAUUUAGACAUUAACAUGAGGUACACAUGUGAGAAUGUGUACACACAUAUGUAUUCAUUCUGUGUAUGUUUCAGAGAUCAUAUAAGCUAAAGACUAAGCAAUAACCAAACUCUGGAUGAGGUGUUAAAUUCCUAUCAGACCACCAGAGAAGCAAUAAUAGACUGAAAAGACUCUUCCAGCUCUCCAAUGGACUCACUUGAAUGAAAUGAGAGCUGAUGAUAGCCGAUCCAUUUGUCUCUCACAUUUUGAUGCUGUUCAAGUUAAGAUUUUUUUUAUUUUAUUUUCAUUUCUAAAACAGGAAGUCUCCCUCCUCAGCUGUCUCUCUUUUUUGUAGUUUUAUGCUAUGUUUUUCACUUGCCUGGAUGGAAGACCAAAAUUCUUUCUUCAUUCAUUUUCCCCAAUUUGUUCGCCUUUCUAAAAAGACAUUCUCUGUAGCAGUGCAAUGAACAUGCAGUAUAGUGCCCUAAGCUUACAAACAUUCACUGAAGGAUUUUGAAUUGUAUUGAAACUGUGACAUUUUAUGUUUUUUUUUUUCUGUGCAAGAUUAGCUUGUGCAAAUGCUGCUUUUACCUCAAGCUGCAAGAAGAGUGCUAUAUCCUCAUCAGCCAAAACUGAAUGAAGAUAGUCUUGUUGAUUGAGCAAAGCACAACAGGUACACCAGUCAGCUCAGUAGCACGUUUUACUGUGUGAAUCCAUCUUUUCUUCGUUUGCUAAGCACUUUUGUUAGAUGCUUUUUCUACCUCCUCAGGCUACAAGAAAACAGUUUAGAAAUUUCAGUAAAAAACACACAAUGUGUUGUCAGUUCCAGAUUAUCAGAGGAAUAUUUUUCAUAUGGAAAGAACAAAGACUGUGGGAACAGUGCAAUAUUUUACAUGGAAAUAAAAUGGAAAGAUGAGGCUCUGCCUAGAAUGGUCAGAAAUA